AUGAGGAAACGGCCUCAAGGUGCACCAAGAGAGGCUCGGGCUGGACACCACGAAGAAUUUUUUAACUUAAAGAAGAAUUCUUUCUUGGACAUCGGGAUCGGCUGCCCAGGCUGCCGGUGGAGCCACCGUCCCUAGAGUCACCGCUACACCCUGAGGUGCUGCAGGAAACACUGGAGGCAUCACUCAGUGCAACAGACCGCUCCCCCCGAUCUCCACAGUCCGUGCCACGCUAAUGAACUCUGUGACUUCUUCAUUACCUCGGCGACCCCUCCGAUCGCCACGCUAAUGAACUAAUAACUAUUUAAUUAACCUGGCGGCCUCCGAGGGGCCCCGCCCCGCGCAGGCGCGCUGCGCACGCCGCCCCGCGCACGCGCCGCCCCGCCCCAGCAAGACACAAGAUGGCGGCGGCGACGCGCUGCGCCCGCGGGCUGCCAAGGGCAGGCCAUGGAAUUUCUGUCCUGACUGCAGCACCGUCGGUGUUGCAGCAGCACCGGCAGGUCCAUCACGCCGUGAUCCCUCAUGGGAGAAGUGGAAGAUCCUCUGUCAGUGGCAUUGUGGCCACUGUCUUUGGAGCCACAGGUUUCCUGGGACGAUACGUUGUCAACCGCUUAGGUCGCAUUGGCUCUCAAGUCAUCAUCCCCUAUCGCUGUGAUCAGUAUGACCUGAUGUAUCUGCGGCCCAUGGGAGACCUGGGGCAGCUUCUCUUCAUGGAGUGGGACUGUAAGGACAAAGAUUCCAUCCGAAGAGCCGUGGAGCACAGCAACGUGGUCAUUAAUCUGAUCGGAAAGGAAUGGGAAACAAAAAACUUCAAAUUUGAAGAUGAAUUUGUAAAUAUUCCUCAAAGUAUCGCACAGAUAAGUAAGGAAGCUGGUGUGGAAAAAUUCAUUCAUAUCUCUCACCUGAAUGCAAACAUGAGGAGUCCUUCCAAAUACCUCAGGAGCAAAGCUGUUGGAGAGAAUGUGGUGAGGGAAGAAUUUCCAGAUGCUGUAAUUUUGAAGCCCUCUGAGAUGUUUGGGAGAGAGGAUCGAUUUCUCAAUCAUUAUGCAAAUAUGCGUUGGUUUGGUGGUGUGCCUCUUAUUUCUCUGGGCAAAAAAACAGUCAAGCAACCAGUCUAUGUGGUUGAUGUAGCAAAGGCAAUUAUUAAUGCAAUUAAGAAUCCUGAUGCAAAAGGAAAAACAUAUGCCUUGGCUGGCCCUCACCGGUACCUCCUGUACGACAUGGUCGAGUACAUCUACGCCAUUGCCUACUACCCCUUCAUUCCCUACCCGCUGCCACGGCCUCUCUACCAUUUAGUUGCAAGAUUCUUUGAGAUGAAUCCAUUUGAACCAUGGUUGACACGGGACAAGGUGGAUCGGUUUCACACGACAGACAUGACAUUUCCUGACCUGCCUGGUUUUGGGGAGCUGGGGAUUGAACCAACCCCCCUGGAACAAAAAGCCAUCGAAGUCCUGCGCCGUCACCGCAGGUUCCGCUGGCUGGACGCUGAGCUGGAGGAAGUGAAGCCAAAAACACAGCCCAUGUAACAGCUGGCAAGAGGACACCUUAAACUGCCUUUGGAUGACCCAACUUCUUUGGAGAACUGUGUACAUACUGAGUAAAAUGUAUUAAUCAUGUAAA